AUGUGGGCCACGCCUGGGCCACCUUCGUCUACAACCCGAUUCACACCCCCGGCUUCGUGCCCUUGGACGGCAAGGGCAUCUGCACCCCUGCGCUCAUCUACCGCGUGGCCGCCUUCCGGAACUUUGUGGCAGUGGAGAGGAACAAGCUGUCGGACCCCAUCGACGACAUGCUUUUUACCAAGACCCACUGCAGCCAAGAGGAAGGGCCGUUCUCAUGGCAAUCCUGCAGCAACGCUGUCAACGGAAUCCUGGCUGAACCUAGCACUCUCUGGAUCAGACAGUUUCCCUCCUUAUUUAUUGAGCGAACGCACCAUCACCUUUGGGACCAAUGUGGGUUUGUUUGGAGUUAGGUGUCUCAGCCGGAAGACCUAA